UUCAUCAAACUUCUCUCUCUCUAUCUCUCUUCGGUUCCCUGGUUCUUUUGGAGUUUGAGCAAAAUAACAAACAUUACUGGUAAUUAUUACUAGAAACUAAGUAAUCGUUGCUUCGAUCCUUUGUUGCAUGAAUGGAUCCUCAGCAGGAAAUCUCAAACGAGACAUUGGAAACUAUAUUGGUGAACUCAACAAAAGGAAGCAACAAUAACAAUAAGAAAAUGGAAGAAGAAAUGAAGAAGAAACAAGGAAGAGGAGAAUUAGGAGGAGAAGCUCAAAAGUGUCCAAGAUGUGAAUCUCCAAACACAAAGUUUUGUUACUACAACAACUAUAGUCUCUCUCAACCUCGUUACUUCUGCAAAUCUUGUCGGAGAUAUUGGACUAAAGGUGGUACUCUCCGUAACGUCCCCGUAGGUGGUGGUUGUCGUCGAAACAAACGAUCUUCUUCCUCCUCCACAGCUUUCUCCAAGAACAACAAUAAGCCUAUCAGUUUCCAUAAUGAUCCACUUCACAACCCUUUAAUUACGGGAAUGCCAUCGUCUUUUGGUUAUGACUCCAUUGAUCUCAACCUCGCUUUCGCUAGUCUUCAUAAGCAUUCCUCUUCUCAGGCCACGCCUUCUUUUGGGUUUGGAGGCGAUCUUUCUAUUUAUGGAAACUCAACGAACACACACUCUGAUGUGUUCGGAAAUGGAGCGAUCUUCGGAGGAGGGCAAAACGGUAAUUUUAACAAUGGUAGUUUGUGUUAUGGGUUUAUGUCCGGAAAUGAAAAUGAAAGCAAGAAUUCGUCUUUGGGGUUUUCUUUGGAGGGGAAUGAGAGAAAGCAAGAGAAUGUGAACAAUAACAACAAUAUUUCAGCGAAUCAAAGCAAGGUUCUGUGGGGAUUUCCUUGGCAGAUGACCGGAGAUUCUGCCGGAGUUGUGCCGGAGGUUGAUCCCGGAAGGGAAAGCUGGAAUGGGUUGGCUUCGUCUUGGAAUAAUGGUUUACUCAACACUCCUUUGGUCUAAGAUCAAGAUCAUUAUAAUGAAUAAAUAAUAUUACUAUAUAUUAAAGCUCAUGUCAUCACAUGUUUUGUAUACCACUUUCACUAUAAGGGGGAUGUUUGGUUUUUAAUUUCUAGGGUUUCUGUCUCUUUUUAGAUUCUUGAUCUUCUUCGUUGAGACAAAGACCAAAUAGUACUCUUUCUUUAUUUUUUCUUAAAAACAAUAUUUCUUCUUUGGUUUGUAAUUUAACGGUGGUUUGGUUGGUUAAUUACUU